AUGGAAACAGAUGUUGUUAAAAACACUGCUCCUCAAACAUCCAUUGCAAGAAAGAGGAGAAAGCUUAUUCUUAAAGCAAAGAGGGAUUAUCGAAACCGUGUCAGAUCAAGCAACCUCACUUCCCAUUUAAAUCAUAAUUUUACAUCUUCUGUAACAUAUGAAACCACUAUUGAAACGGCUAUGGCUAGAAAGAGAAGGAAAAUAAUCUUGGAUAACAGAAAAAGAUUGAGAAAUUUGUUCAAUACUGAAGUUAGUAGGGCUCAAAAUACAAACAACAUUGUUAGUCAAAGUCAGAACAUGGAUCAUGCAUCUACUUCAAAUUAUAAUAUGUCAAGUCCGUCCAUGGAUCAUCCAUCUACCUCAAAUCAUAAUAUGUCUGUUAAAUCUCAUUAUGAAGACAAUGAUGACUCCAACUCUGACAAUAAUUUAAAUUCUUCUAAUAGUUCCGGCUCUGACGAAGAUUCAGACCCAACACAAUUACAGGAGGCCCAUCUUCAAGAAUAUUACGAUAUUGGCGACCAAAGUUAUGAAUGCGCACACUGCCAAGCAUGUAUGUGGUACCAAGAAAAAGUGAAUAGACACAAAAUUACAGCAACUCCUCGCUUUUAUCGUUGUUGCCGUGGAGGAAAAAUUGUUCUUCCGUUCCUUGAGCAACCUCCACAAGUGUUGCAAGAUCUUCUAUUUAAUAAAACAUAUUCAGAUAGUAAAAACUACCAGGCUAACAUACGAACAUACAACGCAAUGUUCUCAUUCACUUCCCCUGGAAUGAAGUUCGACACAACAUAUUCUAAAAGAGGUGGACCCCCUACUUUGAGACUGCAGGGUCAGACCUGUCAUCGAAUUGGUACACUGCUGCCAGAAACAGGGCAACCUCCGCAAUAUGCUCAAUUAUACAUCUAUGACACGGACAAUGAAGUUGAACACAGAAUAAAAUGUUUCAAGGACAACAAAGGCAUCGAGCGACUGGUUCAUGCCAAAGCUUUUAGAAUGGCAAGGGAUGUUUUAAGGACAAAUUCUUUCACAGAUUUAAAACUCAGGCUUAUUUCUGAUAGAUCCGAAGAUGGUCGUGUUUACAACAAACCUACUGUCUCAGAAGUGGCUGCACUCAUUGUGGGAGACAUUGAUUCUGCUAAUAAAAGGGACAUCUUAAUUCAGCGCCGCAAUGGUGGUUUGCAACGAAUAGAUGAGUUUCACCCAGCAUAUUUGGCUUAUCAGUAUCCUCUUAUAUUUCCUUAUGGGGAAGAUGGUUACAGGAAAAAUAUAAUGCACAGAUAUCGCCAUGAAACUGAGGUCACUAGGAGAAACCGUCAAAGCAUUAAGGAUUGGUUUUCUUACCGGUUACAACAACGUCGCAAAGAGGCAAAAACACUACUUUACUCAAGACGCCUAUUUCAACAAUUCUUAGUCGACGGCUAUGCUAUGAUGGAAUCCGAACGACUGAAUUGGUUGAGAGAUAAUCAAUCGAAAUUAAGAGUGGGCAAAUAUAAUAAUUUGGCCGCUCAAACUGAUGGCGAUACAAGAAAUGAACACCAAAAGCGAGGAAAACGAGUUGUUCUGCCAUCAACAUUUGUUGGUAGCAAGAGAUAUAUGGAUCAACUAUAUUUUGACGGUAUGGCCAUUUCAAGUCGAUUGGGAUUCCCUGAUUUAUUUGUUACUUUUACCUGCAACCCAAAUUGGCCUAAAAUUAAAAGAGCAUUGUCAGGCACAGGUCUACAACCCCAUGAUAGGCCAGAUAUCAUUUCAAAAGUUUUCAAAAUAAAGUUUGAUACCCUCAUGGAUGAUAUUACAAAACACCAUGUCGUUGGAAAAGUGAUUGCAUAUAUGUACACCAUUGAAUUCCAAAAGCGCGGAUUGCCACAUGCUCACAUCUUGAUAUUCCUACACCCUCAGAGCAAAUACCCAACACCAUCUGACGUAGACAAGAUCAUUUCUGCUGAAAUUCCCGACCCGACUGUUCAUCCCAAUUUAUACAAAUUGGUUAAGGCACAUAUGAUGCAUGGACCCUGUGGCCUUGCUCGCGUGACCUCACAAUGUAUGAAGAAUGGACGAUGUUCUAAAUACUAUCCCAAAAAGUUUAUUGAACACACUAUUGUUGAUGCAGAGGGAUAUCCGCUGUAUAGGAGAAGAUCAAAAACCUUCACUAUUGAAAAAAAUGGCUAUGACAGAAUAACAGCAGCAGUUUCAACAAAUAGCAAUCAACCUGUUGAUGAGAUCCAACAAUAUCUCGACUGCAGAAAACCAGCUGUGGAACGUAUGUUCUAUCAUUUGGUUGGGGAGAAACCUAUAUACUAUACAGAUUAUGCACGCAUGGAAAAUGUGCUGGAAACUGCAAGUGUGACUGAAUCAAUGUUUACUGCAUGGCUGGUAGCAAAUGCUAAAUAUGAAGAGGCACAAACAUUAACUUAUGGUCAAUUUGUCUCAAAGUUUGUUUACCACAAAAAAAAAGAGAAUGGAAACCGCGGAAAAAAGGCUUCACCAUUGGACGUCUCAUAUGGGUUCCGCCAACAACUGGUGAACUGUUUUACCUGCGCAUGA